AUGACGGUGAAUCGAUCGUGGGUGACGAUGGUGUUGAUGCUGGUGACUUCCGUGAUCGUGCUGGCUCACGCGAAGGAUGUGACGACACUGGAAUACGACGACCUUCUUCCGGCGAACGAGACCAACGCCCGGCAUCGCGUCGAUACAGAGUCCUCGAUCGGCGAUCAUCGUCAGGGUCGCAUGUCCCUUCAGGCCGAGCUACCAUCCUCGAAGGCGAAGCGGGAGCAAGCUCUUCGCAGCAUCCUCGCGGCGAGAAGGCGACAGAUCUUGAGUCAACGUCCGAUCGAAUCUCGGAAUCUGAACCGCACACCAAGACCAAUCGAGGUGUCCGCGAAAGACCCGCCGGACGUUCUCGAGGCUCAGGAGACCAGGCACGGUAUGUAUGUAACAGCACCGGCGAGCAACACCAAGGCGGACGAGGAAACACCGAGCGGUAUCGUCGUGCCGGAAUUGUCGAGCAAAAACGUGGACAUCGAGUUCGUGUCGAAGGACCAAGAGAAUAAACAGACGAUCGAGGAACAAACUUCAAGGAGAUCUAGCGGUGAGAAUCUCGAGGAUGAAACGUUUCACGACUCUUCCAAAGGCAAUGAUUCAAUUACCAACACGGAUUCUUCCUCGUCUCUACCUUCGACAACUUCCUCCACUCUCAAUGUAAACGGUCAAAAAUCGUCGGACUCGGACGUUCGUAAGAAGAACAUCGUCUCGAUGCCAGAUUCUCUGUACAACUAUUUCAGACCAGUCGAGAGUAACAUACCCGUGGAGGACAUGUCGCAGUUUCUGUAUUUCGGUCAGAAGAUCCAACCGGAGAUACAGAACACUACGGGGAAUAAUUCAGUGGAGUCGACAGUUCCGACAGUUCCAACUGCGUCUAGUUCUAGAAGAAGGUACUCGAUGAAAAGGUUCACGACGACGACGACGACGACGCCGGUCCCGGUGCCUAUGUUAGAGGAGAUCGUCAACGAGGAGAUGAAUAUCGCGGUGGAACGUCAGACGGUGGAGAAGAACAAGGUAUCGAAGAUCAAGAACGCUUACAGGAGUCCGGAGAAUGGCGUUUACUACAGGAAGAGCCGGCCAACGGACUCGACGAUCACCUCGAACGUUAUUGCGUCGAAGGAGACGGGCGGAAAUUGCACGGCGGAGUCGGAGGCUAGAAUAGAGUCUAGCGGCGAUAAGUUUCGCGACGAUAACCCGUCCGCUCACGCUGACACGCUGGACCAGCAGCUGCGGCAUGGGAGAGGAAGUGCUGCUGCCCACGUGCUCGCUGAAACGAGGAAUGCGACCAACUCGACCCAGAUACCGUACCAGCAGCCCGUUUCCGCGAACAUGUACGAACGUACCAGGACUGAAAGUGAAAUUGGCUUCAAAGAUCGUCCGGCCGAUGCCUCGAACGAGUCGAAAAGCGUCACGACCACGAUGAACGGCGUGGAACAGUCGAAGGUAUCGAAGAACACCGUACGAAGAAGAAAGAACGACAAUUCAUCGGUAAUCGUCGAUUUCGGGAUCGUGUCUACCUUCGAGGAGGAGAAUCCUUCGGAAUUAACGGAGAUGGAGAUGUACGGAGAUCAUUCGGAGAAGAAGAUCAGAAGAAUAGAUCUGUACAGUAUAAACGACGAACUUUCGAAGAAAACAGAGGCGCAGUCGGAUCAACCACGCACCACGAAUUCUCGCGAGAGUAACAACAUAGAAACUUCAACGUCGAGGGACAAGAUCGGUGGUCGAUCGACGACAGAACCGUUUCGUAUAGUUUGGACGUCACCGGAGACGUCCACCCUGCGGAUCAUCGUGACAGAGGGAGGCUUGGAGGAGAGUUUCGCGAUUGGCGCGGAUGCCGCGGAGAAGUAUACCGUUAAACCGGUCGAUUCCACGGAGGAACGAGUUCGCGGCGGCAGCAGCAGCAGCAGCAGCGUUGCUUCCGGCGAUGUUCCCACUCCUUGGUCGGUUGCAUCGAGCGCGUUCACGAUCGAGCCAGGAGCGGUGGUGGCUCGGCCCAAGUCACCGAGACACCAGAAGCAACGUGCAGAUGGGAAGAACAGGGUGGCAGAGCACGUAGAGGGGAAUCAGGAUUCGCAUCGACAUCGUCAGCAGAAGCAACACCACCAGCACCACCAGCAUCAGGAACAACAGCAGCAGCACGUGUACGCUUACACGAUAACGAACGUGACGCGGCUAUUGCGCAACUACACCGGACCUGGGUUAAGCAGAGAGGAACAAGGAGGUCCAGAGCGAAGCACCGGUACGACCGAGAUAACGACCGGAUCAGCGCAGCGGCGUCAGCCACCGCCGCCGUCUCUUCUGCUUCCUCGUGCCGGUAGUGGUAUAGAGGCUGGUAGAGCGCCGGCGGAACUCAGUGCCGGCACGGCCGUUGAAGCAGUCGCAGCCGGUGGAGCGUCCGCUGCUGCUCACCUGGUGGGGGAACGCCAGAGGAAAGUGGUCACAGCCACGACGCCGCAGUCGCAGCAACAGCGUGCGGUCAACAGAACGUCGCCGCUGCAGCUGACCAGCGUAAACAAGAGCGGUGCGAGGUCAGCGAAACUGCCGACGGAAGUGAACAGCCGGGGUGCCGUUCGAUGGAAUCACACUAAGUCUAGGAGCACGGACCUCGAAGGAUUCAACGACAGACGGUUGCUGAGGAAGUCGGCUAGCGCGGUGUUGAAUCAACGAAUAGGGGGAAACGUAGACGAGGAGGCUGGUGGUUCGUCGGUGAUCGGGAAACGAAGGAGAUUGACAAAUGGCCAAAGUGGAUUUUUCAAUAGGAGGGUGAAAGGGACGAAAAUAAUCGAAGAGGGUUCGAGUGUGCUUAACGGUUCCGUGUUGAUCAACGAUAAGAGGAAUUUAACCGACGAGAAGAAUGUAGAUGAUGCGGCGGAGGGACGAGGAUUUAGGGAAACCGCGCCGCGAGUUGAUGUGAACAGAUCGUUAGAGGGUAGCAUUUUGGAGAACAUGACGGCGGAAAGUGUGACGAUGCAGCAGAGAAUUGUGCCGACUACGAUUGUUCCUUUUCCACCUUCCGCGGAGGAGACGAUCGAGACUACCACCGGUCAGCAAGCACCUGUGAAUACCACCGACGAGGACGGUGGUAAUUUGACGGAAAUGGUGACUUCUCCUAGCGGUAGGUUCGCGGAGACCGAUACCAAAGACCAAAGUAUCGCGUUCGGAAGUGAAAACGAGAGUGUACCGGUGAGCGAGAGCAGCAACGCGUUCGAUGGGAAUGGCGCGGAUAAUGGUACCGAGAACGGAAGCGGUUCGCCGACCGUGACAGUGACCGCGACGACGGUCGACGAAACGAUCGUGCCCAAAGAAACGACCACCACGCCGAUCCCACCGCCUGUUUUUCCGGUUACACCCAGAAUGAUCACGGAAGCGGUUCGAGCACCGAUCGACAAGGAGACUUUCACCUUAAAACCAACGGACUCUGUGAACCAGAUGACGGAUAUCAAAACGAUCGACGCGAACAAGCCGUUAGACAUGGCCAACUUGGAUCCUUCUGAAAUUCAAAAGAUGUACAGAUCCAAGGACUCGACUACGACCACCAUCGGCACAACUACUUCCUCUACGACAACGGAACCACCGACCACGAUAUCCAUGACCACCGUGCAAAUUGAGAUUUCGACGAUACCGCAAGACCAAAGUACAACAUCCGACACCAAGGGAGGCAGAUCGGAGACGUUCACCAUUCCCCCGAUAGCAGACCCACGAAAACGUGUAUCGAGCGAAAGAUCGCCGGAAGUAAGGGGACGAAACCUGUCGGACAAACCUCAAGAUUCGUCGAGCGACAAAGACGACGACGUGUUGCCCAUCAUGCAUCUGUACAACACCUCUGACAUAUUUAACGGCAGCGGUCCGAUGAACUCGUUCUCCCGCGGCAUGGAACGACGGAUGGAGCUUCCGGUGAAGCAGCCAGAGACUUCGAGAACGACCGAGAAAGCUAACGACACGGCCACCACCGCGAAGAGUAGCCCUACGAACGAAUCGAAUUUCACUCGUGUUCCUGAAACGACGCGGAAGGACAAGCACGAGGAGAAUCGCGAGACGACCACUCAGGUUCCACCGACUGGACCUGGCAGAGGAUAUACGAACGGAAGUGGGAACAAUCGGACGAGGCACAGGCCGAUCUAUCAUCCAGCUAUCCUGCCGGAAUACAACAGCUCAGUGUAUCCCAACGAAUUGAACAGGACGUUGUUCGAGACUGGACUGAUAUCGGUCAGUCCUAGGGAGUCGGUGAAUAUCAGUGAAGUGAUAUCGAAGAGACACGACGGCGACGCCAUCGCGUCACAGGAGACCGUUGCCGUGGUCAGCUACAUCCUGGCGACGCUGGUCGUCUUCCCGAUCGCCGUCGGCGUUGGUCUAAUUCUCAGAAGACUGAUACUUAGGAAUCGUAAGGUGCUCGAGGAAUCGGACACAUCGUCGGAAAUCAGCUGCCGGAAGGACGCGUUGAACCUGGAGAAUGGCGACUUCAAGACGUCCAUCGAGAAGGCGAUCACGAAGCUACCGCGGAUACAACACUUGUGUCACGAAGCGGAGAAACCGCCGCCUCCGUCGUCGCAAGAAUCCAGAUGGGAGUUUCCUAGAGAUAAGCUUAGGUUACAGACGGUCCUCGGCCAAGGAAACUUCGGCCAGGUGUGGAAGGCUGAAGCCGACGAUUUAACUGGUCAUCAGGGGACGACACGGUUGGUCGCCGUUAAAACCGUCAAAGAAGGUGCUUCCGAGCGAGAAAAGGAGGAUCUAGUUCGAGAACUGGAAAUUAUGCAGCAACUUGGCAGUCAUCCAAACGUCGUUACUCUUCUGGGUUGCUGUACAGAGCAAGAGCCUCAUUAUCUUAUACUCGAGUACGUGAUGUACGGGAAAUUGUUGGCGUAUCUGCGCGAUCACCGCACCAGGCAGGAUUUCUACAAUUUCAGCGAGGACUCUGCUGCGCUCACAUCCAGGGAUCUCACUGUUUUCGGAUACUGCGUGGCGAGAGGAAUGGAGUAUCUUGCGUCGAAAAAGAUCAUCCACCGCGAUCUCGCCGCGAGGAACGUGCUGGUGGACCACAACAAGCUGUGCAAGAUCGCCGACUUCGGCAUGUCCAGAUUCGCGAACGAAGACGGGGAGGUGAUCGAGACCAGACACGGGAGAAAUGCUCUGCCGAUCAGGUGGAUGGCGCCUGAGUCGUUGUUGUAUUCGCUGUUCACAACAAAGACGGAUGUAUGGAGCUUUGGGAUCUUGAUGUGGGAGAUCGUCACUCUAGGUUCGACACCGUACCCGGACAUGACGGCACGGGAAGUGAUGCGUAACGUGCAGAACGGUUAUCGACUGGAGAGGCCUUCGCACUGUCGAAGCGAGCUGUUCAGGGUGAUAUCCCGAUGUUGGCACGCCGAUCCAGACCGCAGGCCGGAAUUUCAGACGCUCAGGAGGGAUCUUGCUCAGCUGCUCGAGGACAACAUGAACGGGCAUUACGUCGAUCUCGAGAGUUUCGCCUCCGAGUGCACCGAUUGAACGCCGAUCAAAGGAGAUCCAUUUUUGGGAAUCGUUUCUCUGAAUCGUUUACGAGCUCCUCCCUCCCAUCUUCGACCUAACGAGCACGAUCGAACGUACCGAGACGGAUGAUGAUUUAUAAUUUCAACGAGAUCGCUCUUCGGUGUCCAGCGAGAGGAACGAUCGACUGUCCAACGAGACAAACUUUUCUUUUCUUU